UCGUCAGGAUCACAAACGGCACAGAUAUACACAGUGCGUUUAAGUGGAUAUAGAAUUAAAAUAAAACGAAAUAAAAAUGGAUCCUUUGUUUGCUCCGGUUCAGCACCACGGAGAGCUCCCGGACCAACGCUUUACACGUUUUGAUGUGAGACUGGGGAAGCAUCUGCUCUCCACAGAAGUUAAUGGGAAGGAUUGGCAUAUCACCUGCACGCAAAUGUGUACUUUGGUCUAUCAGUCGCACAUGGAGGAUGCUGCAUCCAGCACAGGCCUGUUAUCAUCUUCUGGUAUUAUUCGACUGAAAUCCAGUGGAUGCUGGCGUUUAAGAUGUAUGUAUGGAUGAUCCCCAGCUUUUUUGAGGCAUCGCACCCUAUUGUUGGUGUCCGGAAUAUUCACGUCCAUCGUGCAGCCUGAUACAAUGAAUGUUACUGUAAUAGCGUAGCUGUUGACGGGCCAAUGUGCGUGUAGUUUGUAGUGGCAUUUGGUAAACAACAAACAGAGUGGAGACCCAGUCGAAGAUGCUACAAAGCUCAAAUAUCUUGGGGCAUGAGAGGCCCGUGGUCAUCAGGUUAUCAUUCACCACCUUUGUUCUGGGUACUGUGUGCCUACCGCUACUUGGGCUGAUAACUUGUGUCUUCAUAUCCUCAGUUUUUCAUUUUGAUGACUCUACUGGUACACAUUGUCAGGUUCCUAAUUACCUGCCAUCUAUCAGUGCCUCAAUAAGUCUAAGUCCUGAGUGCCACAUAUGGCGGUUCUGCAUUGGCCUGCACUCAGCACCGAGGUUCCUGGUGGCAGUUACCUACUUUAAAUUUUACAAGACUCGUUUUGCCUCGAGGUCCCUUGAGAGUUCACUCAGCUGCUUGAACCUGGCCUUUUCUAUUUCUGAGAACCUUGGCCUCUUGCUCCUCACAUAUGUGUCAUCCAAUGAAACAUACUUUGUCCAUAAGGAGGGCUUUGUCUUGUUCAUUGUCAGCUCCAUUAUCUACAUGCUAAUAACCUGUCGUUUAUGGAAAGCUAUUAAGAGGUAUUCAUUAAGUCCUGAGGAUGCUAAAUCUCACCAUUGGAAAGUACGUUUCUUACUUCUCAACGUCUCCUUCUGUGCUUUCGCUGGAUUCUUUUAUUGGAAACACAAUAUGUACUGUGAAUCAGGGAGUUAUACAUUGUUUGCCCUGUUUGAGUAUCUAGUGGUCUUCUCCAAUAUGGCCUUCCAUCUCACAGCAGUAUGGGACUUUAAGAGCCGGGAGGUCAUGGUGAUUUCAUUCUCUGAGGACAAAGUCUUCUGACUAGAAACUCAAGUGCUAAGUGCUGUGUGCACAACCACACCACCUGGUGAUAACAGCCUUGCUCCUGUUCAAGAGGACAAAUAGGAUGAAGGCCUUUUCCACAUGUUUUCAUGAUGACAGGUCUCAAGUCCUCAGAGGAUAGAGACAGACAUGGAACAAGAAAAGAUAUGCAUAUGUGCUACAGUAUGUUCUACUUAAUUAGCUGCAAGUGCAUUUUAUUUGCCUUAGUUUUUUAUUCAUGGACGCCUUGACCUAUUUACAGAAUGUUCUUUAAUGUGAAAUUUCAAGUUUUGUACAAUGCACAACAAAUUUGUGGUCAUACUGUUUGUGUACCAAAGUAAAGUGACAGUUUCUCAA